AUGAAGUUAUUCUCUUUGCAAAUACUUUUCAAAACGGGGGACCAGUGCAAGCUGCUUCAAGCCUCACAUGAAUUAUCCACUUUUCGUUAUUUCCAUCGGAGCAGUGUCAAAGAAUUUAUGGUAUUCACAGGCAAACUCGUUGGUGAGAAAACCGAGCGCUGUCAGCGUGGAUUGGUUAAGGAACAAGAAUACAUAUGUCACGUAUUUGUUCGACAUGAUAAUCUUUGUGGUGUCCUCAUCGCCGACCAAGAGUAUCCACAACGCGUGGCACAAACACUACUGACAAAAGCUACAGAAGAUUUCGCAGCUGAAUAUCCAAGUAAUACAUGGGCUAUGAUGGCAGAAGAAUCUGCCGGCUGCAAGAAGAUUGAUGAAUAUCUUCAACGGUACCAGAAUCCCGUGGAAGCUGAUGGACUAAUGCGACUGCAUAAUGAACUUGAUGAAACUAAAGUUAUUCUGCACAACACCCUGGAGUCUCUGCUGGCGAGGGGCGAAAAAUUGGAUGAUCUUGUUCAGCGUUCAGAGGAUCUCAGCGUACAGUCCAAAAUGUUCUAUACCACGGCUAAGAAGACGAACAAAUGUUGUAUUCUGCUAUAGAACCAAUCCACCCACUGACUGUUUCAUGUUUUCGCCUCCCGGCUCCCCCACUGGUUGUACAUGUCUUGCUGUAUCAAAAAGAACGUUCCGUCUCCGUGAUCUCGCAGGAUAUUUCGCACGGGUUGGGUGGGCAUUACAACCAGUUCAUCAUCAUCAUCAUCCCUUCUUUGUAUGCAUCUGUUAAUCACGCCCUCCGUCACUGUCGCAUUUCCUCAUGCUGGUUAUGGUGCCCAGUUAAUCCGCUGAUUCUCCCGACACACACCCGCUCUUCAAAUUCCUCACAGAUAUUGUGGUUUGCCACUUCACAUGUUUUGGCAAUUGUCUUCCUUAGUUUCCCCCGUCCGCCUUCUAUGUUAUGAGUUAUUCGUACGAAUGCACAUGCUUACACACUUACUGCCCUCACUACUCUCGGUUCACCAACCACAAUCUUUCCGGGAACCGGCUCAAUUGUGAUUAUAGUCUGACCGAAGUCACUCUGCUGGCUCGGCAACUUGCUUACUUUAUUGUGAAAAUUUCUUUGUACGCCCUGAAGUGGUAUUUUCCACUAAUUUCAAAUUGUGUGUGAAUGUCCACGUGUUUUUGUGCCCCGAUUAAAUCCUACCCUGUCCGAAGAUUUGCCCUUUGUGGAUAACAAUUCGCUACAUGUUCUUAUCGACAAUUACCUGUAUUUUCAUGCGACGAGGAAGGCUUUC